AGAGUUUGAGGAACUCAUGCACUUUUUGAGUUUGUUUCUAAAUUUAAACCGAAGGAUUCUAAAAUUAUCCAGUACGCCAAAAUUAUUACGAGACAUUACUUCCUCCUUUGUUUAACCCAGUCAAUCAAGCAGUAAAUUCUUUUGAGUGCAAUAAUAUGCUCAAUUACUAGUACAUUGGAAAAAAGUUAAACUCGUAACUUCAACUUUCAGAUAGAUUUGUUUAUUAAUCGUCUGCUCAAAUAUGAUGGCGGGAUAUUUUUAUUUCUAAGCAGUGAAAGCUACUAAUAUGACAUCAAUUUUCAACCGAUUUAAUAGUGAUCACUGUAAUGACUACGUAUUGGAGGCCUCUGUGGAUAAUACUCGCAAUUUAGCUCAAUUAUUGAAAGCUAUUCAUUUUAGAGAUGUUGCAAUAGUUUGUGCAACAUCUGAUGGAUUGAAAGUUACAGUUGAGGAUACUAAAUCAGUUCAAGGAAAUGCCUAUAUUCAAUCAGCACUCUUUCAUGAUUACAAUGUCAAAAAACAGUCUGUGAUAUUUAAAGUUAACUUAAGUGUAUUGCUGGAAUGCCUUAAUAUUUUCGGUACCAAGAAUAAUCCAGGAUCAAUAGCUACAGUGAAAAUUUGCUAUUCUGGUUAUGGAUCGCCUUUAGUGUUGUUGAUCGAAGAAAAUGGCGUGGUUACAGAUUGCAAACUUCAAACAUUGGAACCUGAAGACAUUUUAGAUUUUGAAUUUACACCUUCAAAAGUAGUGAAUAAAAUAAUAAUGCAGUCAGAAAUAUUGAAAGAAGCCUGGUCUGAUUUAGACAUGAAUAGUGAAGUUUUAGAAAUUUUAAUGUCACCUUCUGAACCCUACUUUCAACUUACAACUAAAGGUAGCCUCGCUACAAUACACAUCAAUAUAUCUAAAGAUUCAGACAUGAUUGAAUCAUUUGAAUGUACAGAUGAAGUAAAAAAUAGGUAUCAAAUAUUUUUAAUAAAACCAUCACUAAGAGCUCUCGUUCAGUCAUCAAAAGUAUCUAUACGUAUCGAUGACCGGGGAUUCUUGUGUAUGCAAUACAUGAUUAAAGUUGAAGGUUUACAAUGUUGUUUUGUUGAAUAUCUUUGCUCUCCAAAUAUAGACGAUGACUAACAACUGUGAAUUCAAUGUAUGGACUUGUGUUUAUUCAUUAUGUUUUAUUAAAAUUUCUAUUUAUUAUACAAAUAUGUCACAAACAAUUACUUGCUUUUAUGAAAUCACAAUGCUAUAUUA